AUGCAGUGCUGCUCUAAAUAUAUAUGGCACCUUUUAGGCAGCCGCGUUCCCUGCCCUGCUGCAGCGACUGGAGCGCCUCAAGACAGAGGACGAGAUCAACAACAAGGUGAAGGGGCAGCUUGCGGAAAUGCAGAAACAGCUACAGCAGGAGAGGCAGCAAAGAGUAGAGCUGCAAGCCAAAUUCACCGCGCUGCAGCGUCGGCGGCCCGCGAGGCUUCUUUGUUGGCGGAGCUUUCGUCCCUCCGGAGGGAGAGUGACCAGAAGCUUCAGGAAGCACAGCAAGAGGUAAACCUUGCUCAAGAGAAGCUCACCAGGACCGCUGCAGCCCUUGCUAAAGAACGCAAAAGCGCAGAAGUCUUCCGUCAGAAAUUUGAACGGAUGGCAGAGGACCUGGAGGGACAGACGGCGGAGUGUCAAAGGGUGCGGGGCGACUUGGCUGCCCUGGAGAGACAACACCGCCAGCUCAUGGAGGAGAUACAGCGGGAGCGAGAAAGCCUUGCUGAACAGCAGCAGCAGCAUCAGCAGCAAGCCCCUGCUGAGCAGACGUCCCAAACGAGGACGCAAAGAUCUGAGGCGAAGGGCAUUGCGAAGCGGUUCGUGCAGGGCCUAGCCAGUAGAGAUUUAGAUGCUCAGGAACGGCAGGCGCUAAUCGCCCAUCUGCAGGCGCUUCGCCGGGACGGCGCUAACGCCAUCUAUGAGCUCCUCUCAACACAAACCCCACCACUGCCCCCCAUAGACGGACGGAAUAUCAUCAGGUCCACUAUCCCCGUUGCUCCGUCUGGAGUCACGGAGAGCCUUAAAGCUGCUCGUCGUUUGCAGGAGUCGGCAGCCACAGAAAUUCUGCCCUUGUUUCUACCCCGUGUGGGGGUAACCCCCGCUUGCACCUCUGCAUCUCCCUCUGCGCCCUUGCUGGCGGGGCUUAUGGCCAAGGGCCAGCCCCCGGUGGGCCGCAGCUUGUCACUAGGGGCCCCCGCUAGAGGGCCCCCGGGGGGGGCCUCCCGUAAAGUGUGCCCCUUCCACGGGGGCCCCCAGGGGACGCUUCAGGGGCGGGCCCCCCCCCCUCCGAAGCCUCCCCUGGAGCUAAGGCUCCGCAAGGCGUGUACGUUCUCCGAAGCUGUUCCUGUGCCUGCUGGAAUAGCACCCCCUUUGCAGGCGGGGGACGGCGCACCAGGCUGGACGACCGUCAGGUCUGAUGGGCUUUAG